AACCUCCAAGAAGCGCGAUACAUCAGCGAGUCCAAGGGACGGAAAGCACACUGGGAGUCGACUCAAGAGACACCUGCACUUGAGGAGUGGAAGUACGCACACCAGCCAUCACGGAGCCACGAUAACCAGCAUAGCACUGUGGAGGUUUUGUUGUUCGGCCAUUUGAACCCAGUACGGCAACCUCACUGUUCCCUCGUCUGGACAUUCAAAGAAUGGACGCAGUGCAGCAGCUUCGUGGAAGCUUCCGCUGAGCCCCGAAGGGAGGGAACUCGCCCGACGUCAAAGGCCUCUCGCACCAGUGAAAUCGUCCCUCACCUGUGCGGCAGGCCUAGAGAACCAGUUCGCCUCAAGCUGCCAACGCAGUACGUCCUUUCUGGCUUCUACUCAAAGGAUUACUGCUCCCGCCCAACCGUAGCGCGCACGCGCUUUUCUUCGCCUCACGAUGCGGCGCAGACCGGCCAUGGCAAAGGUUGCAGUGCUUCUGCUCGUUGCCACGGCUCUCACAGCCCCACAGGAGUUGUCAGCCCAGUGUCCCUGGUCAAGAGAACUAGUUGACCUACAUGCCGACUGCAUCUGCGCUUAUAAUAGUGUCCAACGGCUGUCUAUUCAAUGCAGUCCCGUCAAUUUCCAGCGCCUCAUGAACGCUCUGCACGCAUCAGUUCAAAAUGUGCCCAUCGAUUUGCUGCAUGUGAACAACAGCACAGUGGAGUUGCUUCCCGAUGGCGUAUUCACCAAAUUGGACAUCCAGUCACUGCAUAUGGCCCGCUGCAGGCUCAAAGAGGUGUCCGACCGCGCAUUUCAAGGCCUGGAAAACAGCCUGAUGAGUCUUAGUCUUCCAGACAAUCAGCUCACUGAAGUGCCCACUCAAGCCCUGCAGCGUCUCACAUCUCUGCGUCAGCUGGACCUGUCCAGCAACCGAAUUAAGGAAAUCCAGAGCCGUGCCUUCUACAGCCUUCCUCUCGGCACUCUCAAGCUCGCCGACAACGUUGCGACCAUCGCUGACGACGCAUUUGCGGGUCUCGAAGGUUCACUGAAGAACCUCAACUUGAAGGGUACGGGCCAGGAACGCAUACCUCGGGCUGCCUCAAAGUUGACGUCAUUAGCGUUCCUCGACCUGGCGCAAAAUAAGAUAGCAACGAUAGAGCCGGAUCAUCUCUCCAGCAUGCAUACGCUGACCGCGCUCAACUUGGAACGGAACCGCAUCAUCAAAGUGGAUCCAAACUCCUUCAGUGCUGUCAAUGACACCCUCAGCAGUCUUUCAUUGCUCAACAACCUGCUCGUCGAAUUUCCCAUCGGAGCCCUGGCAACACUCACAGAGCUUAGGGUACUCGAUCUUGGAUUUAACGGGAUAAGAAGCCUUCCACACAACGCGUUCCAGAACAACCCGUUUCUUACCCUGCUUGCACUGGAUGGAAACCCUAUCUCCACAAUUCCUAUCGACCCAUUCCGGCGCCUCAACACAACUCUUCGUGCUCUUAGCAUAGGAGGCCCUUAUCUUGAGUGUGACUGCCAGGUACGCUGGAUCGCAGAGUGGAUUGCUAACAAAGAUCUCCAAGUGAGCAGCCGGGAAAGAAACCCUCAAUUCUGUGGGAAGCCUGACCAUCUCAAGCGAAAGCAGUUCUCACAGAUACCACCGAGCGAUUUUAUAUGUAACAUAACAACCCCACCACCAACAGAGACCAGCACUACUACCACAACGACCACAACUGCCGUCCCAACUACUGCUGCCCAAACAACCACACAGAGCUCCAAAGAACCACUGCCCUCUUCUAGCAGAAAGGAUCCAGUGGCUGUGACAUUUGCACCUGAGACAACAGAGUACCCUGCUACCCAGGGAUUAGCCCCAACUAGUUCACCGUCUAGCAGCGGCAAGCGAUUUCGGCCUCCUAGCCCGUCCCCUCGCAGCGCAAAUGACCACGUCACUAAGGUUGCUGCCAACAGUGGCAACAAUGAUGUGAAACUAGUGGAGGCAUACAAGAAAGAUUCCUCCAUCGUACUAGAGUGGGAAUCCAACUCGUCUCAAGGUUUUCAGGUUGUGUACCGUCUGUUUGGAGAACGAAUGCUUCGUCGGGGACCAAGUGUACAAGCAGGACAAAGAAAGUAUGCGAUCCAGAGCUUGCCAACAAACAGGUGCCUCGUUGUCUGUAUUGUGCUUAUUCAGGAUUCCCUUGACAUCUCCAUGGAGAACGUGCCCCUCAUGCAAUGUAAAGAGCUCAAGCUAGAGAGCUUUGUUGUUGCCCACUUAGACAAGAUCAUCAUCGCUUCGUCAGCUGCUGUAUGUGGCAUCAUCAUCCUGGCAGUUAUAAUUUUUCUGUGCUGCUGGCGCAAGAAACAGUCCAAAGAUCCCAAUGCAAAGUCUCGCCUCCCACCACCAACUUCCAUGGUGCAUCCCACCAUCAAAGCGCAAGACAAUGAAUGGGAAACUAUGUCCAUGUACAGCAGUAGAAGCAUUCCACGUGCAAGAAUGUAUCACAUGGACAAUGUAAAUGGGUCUACCAAUCAAAGUUUCAUAAUGGAUGAUGCUCGAUCUCACAUCUCCCAUCUUCCACACUUAAGUGGCAAUGGUUACACAUCUAAAGCUCGCUCUACAGCCGAUGGCCAAUCCCAUCGAUCAUACUCCCAGAUGUCCAACAAAUACCGAAAUGGCCUCGGCAAUCCAGACAUUCGUAAGUCCCAACAAUCCCUCUCAGCGUUAUCUGGUACGCAUUCUUUUUUGGAUGCCCACGCUGGAACUGAAGGGCGGCCAGUUGGGAAAAGGAAGCAGGGUGGCCGCCUUGCCUCCGCUAGUUCAAUGCACUCGCUCAGUGAAUAUGACACUGAUUGGAAUGGAAGGACAGAAAACUGGAAGGACAAUGAAGUUGGUAUUUAUGUUGGACAAAAUCAUGUUGCACCCGCACAUGGCAAAUACCACCACCGGUAAUAAUCGCACUGCUGGAGAUGCAGUCUUUGAUGUUGUGCUCAUAUUCAUUAAAUAGACCCUGCCAUGUUAGAAAUUAAUACUUCACUGUAACAUAACCCAGAGACAGGUGCAGGUUCCUUCUGCAUGCACAGCAUGGACAGUGAAUAAGUGACCUCAUUGGCUACAUGCGGACAGACCAGCUGCACCAGUGACAAUCAGUGGCUGUUGUAUGACAGCGGACAAAUGCAAAUGGUGAAAUGCUGAUCACCCAAACAGUGCCAAAGUGCAUUAGUUGCUGCCUCAAUGCAGCUUUGUGAGGCACAGUGUAGCACAUUGUUGGACUUGAGAAUGUAUGCCACAAUUGCUUUUCAACUGUUGCCAUUCCAUGAGAUGUUAUCUCUACUCUAAUGAACACUUUUGUGUCUAUCACGUGUCGACGGGGAUGUUCCCAGCACCCCAACCCCCCACAAGACUCGCAAAAAAAGGCCAAGCAAGCCCGAAGAACUAGCAGAUAUGGGUGUCACCCCAUUUCCCGGAAUUCCAUCACCCCUUUGAGGUGAAAAUCCUCCACAAAUCCCUGCUUGUUGAGCACCUUAAUGUAAAGUCAAUUCAAUUCCAAAGAAAAUACUUCAGUUCCCAUUUUCAGUGACCUGUCAGAGGAUCUCACACGUUUCCCUCAAGCACAAAAAAAAUUACCUUGUAUCUUAGCAGUAGACCCUUUUUCAGAUUACUCUUUAUGAUUCAUCAUGCAUAGCACACAGAGCGUAGUGCAUAGAAUGACAGUGUGUGUGCACGUGCUCUGAGAGGACUUCUUUCAGGAAGCUGCAGUUGUCUCCUUAAAAUCAAAUGUUUAUCUAAAAGUUUAUGUAUUUCAAAGUGACUGUACUCGAGAAUAACAACACUGAGCUGUGCUUGUGGUUGAAGUGUUAAUGAAAUGAUGGUAUCAAGCAA